CCAAGAUAUGUGAGUAGAGAUGAAGGUGAAAGUCUUUCUCAUUGUCUUCAAUUAUAUAAACCCCACCGUGUGCCUUCAGAAGUCAGUUCAGUUCUUUGGCACAUCUGAGCAUCUAGCCUUCUAACUCAUACACGAUGAAAUCUUUCGUAUGCAUAGCUGUCCUUUCGGUCCUAGCAACAGUAAAUGCCGGCUUCGCAGGUAGUUACAGUGGUGGCGAUGAAGGUGGCUAUCAACAGUCUGGAUAUGGUGGUGGUAUAGAAGAACACCACGACUCUGGUCAUCACGUCCAUCACACCGUGGAAAUAACCAAACCAGUCCCGGUGCCAGUCUACAAGCACGUCAGCGUUCCAAUCCCUCAUUCCGUUCCUGUUCCAGUUCCCAAACCAGUCGCUGUGCCAGUCCCACAGCCCUACCCUGUCCACAUCCACGUUCCUCAACCCGUUGCCGUCCCUGUCAUCAAGACCAUCACCAUCCCAAUCGAGAAACCAGUGCCUUACAAGGUGGAGAAGGAAGUUACCUUCCACGUUGAGAAGCCAGUUCCUGUUAAGGUUGAGAAGCAUGUGCAGAUUCCCAUCCCUAAGCCUGUACCAGUCAAGGUGCCAGUUUACAAGGUCAUCUACCAUCACAGCAAAUCUCACCACCAUCACUGA